AUGUGUAACUAUCAUAUUGAUGAUCCCCACUGUCUUGUGCUAGAAAACAAUGAUCGGACCGGCUUCCUCCACCGACGGGCCGAGAGCUCACCGGGCUUCUUCGCGGUGAAAAUGACGGCGUCCUCCCUGCUCUUCCUCGUCGCCGCGGCUUGUCUGACGCCUGCAUGCUCCAGCGAGGAGGUCAUCGGGGGGAGAGAGGUGGCCCCUCACUCCAGGCCGUUCAUGGCCUCGCUGCAGUACCACGGGGAGCACGUGUGCGGGGGGGUCCUGAUCCGCCCGCAGUGGGUGCUGACCGCGGCCCACUGCCACCACCGGUUUGCCCGAGGCCAGUCUUCCCAUGUGGUCCUGGGCGCCCACUCUCUCUCGAAGGAUGAGGCCUCCAAGCAAACAUUUGGGGUCACAAAGCUCAUUCCGUUCUCAGGAUUCAACUCGGACCCCGAGUCGCAUGACAUCAUGCUGGUGAAGCUGCUCCAGCCGCGCCCCCGGGACGACCUCAGAGCGGGAACCAAAUGCCGGGUCACCGGCUGGGGCGCCACCGACCCAGAAGUUCUGAGCCCCUCGGACACCCUGCGCGAAGUCACCGUGACCGUCAUCAGCCGGAAGCUCUGCAACAGCCCGAGUUACUACAACCACCAGCCCGUCAUCACGAAAGGCCUGGUGUGUGCCGGCGACACUAAGGGCCAGAAGGACUCCUGCCAGGGCGAUUCCGGGGGCCCCCUGGUCUGCGGGGGCGCCUUCUCCGGCCUGGUCUCUGGAGGCCUUAAGUGCGGCGACGCCAAGAAACCCGGGGUCUACACCCUCCUCACCCGGAAGGUCCAGGCCUGGAUCCAACGCAAGCUCCCCCGCCCGCCUGCAGAAUGAGCUGCACCUCGUGCCUCGGCCGGCCUGCUGCUUGUUCCUGUGUUUGUUUUGCCCCCAGAAUAUGUUCUACAGGCCAGCGGGAUCGUCCGAUGUCGCUGGAUGCGGUUACCUUGGGGCUCGGGGAGGGCCCGGCCCCUGAGGACCGCCGUGGUUAUGGAACCGAGUCCUUUGUCCCACGUCUCGCUGGUGUGCCUACGCUGCUGGUUUCGGUCUGAAU